UAUAAAAACACAGUGGAGGAGCUGGGUACACGGAGCAAGUUCAGGAGAGCUGACCCAGAAUGGCACAGAACGGAAUAUCAGAGAACGGAGUGACUGAGGGAGUCCCGGCUCUGCCCUUCCCUCAGCCCACUGAAGUCCAGGAGAUCAGACACACCAAGAUUUUUAUCGACAAUGAAUGGCACACGUCCUGCAGAGGGAGGACGUUUCCAACCUUCAACCCGGCGACAGGUGUCAAACUCUGUGAAGUGGAGGAAGCGGACAAAGAAGACGUGGACAAGGCGGUGGAGGCAGCCAGAGCGGCCCGGCAGAGAGGCUCUGUGUGGCGGAGAAUGGACGCGUCCAGCCGCGGGAGGCUGCUGCACAAACUGGCCGACCUGAUGGAGAGGGACCGGCUCCUGCUGGCGACCCUGGAGACUCUGGACACAGGGAAGCCCUUCCUCCAGUCCUUCUACAUCGACCUGGACGGCAGCAUCAAAACCCUUCGCUACUAUGCAGGCUGGGCCGACAAGAUCCAUGGCAAGAGUCUGCCUGUAGAUGAAAGCUUCGUAUGUUUAACUAAACAUGAGCCAGUCGGUGUGUGUGGAGCCAUUAUUCCAUGGAACUUUCCUCUGCUGAUGUUCAUGUGGAAGAUAGCGCCAGCCCUGAGUUGUGGUAACACUGUGGUCGUCAAGCCGGCAGAGCAGACCCCUCUCACGGCCCUCCACGUCGGAUCACUCAUCAAAGAGGCGGGCUUCCCUCCUGGAGUUGUGAACAUCGUUCCAGGGUUCGGUCCCACAGCAGGAGCAGCGAUCGCCAACCACAUGGACAUUGACAAAGUGGCCUUCACUGGCUCUACGGAGGUUGGCCAACUGAUCAAAGAAGCAGCAGCCAAAAGUAAUCUGAAGAGAGUAACUCUGGAGCUGGGAGGGAAGAACCCAUGCAUUGUGUUUGCUGACUGUGACUUGCAGCUGGCUGUGGAGGAAACCCAGAAAGGAGCUUUUUAUAACCAGGGUCAGUGCUGUACAGCCGCAUCACGCGUCUUUGUGGAGGAAAGUAUUUAUGAAGAGUUUGUGCGUCGGAGCAUAGAAAACGCCAAGAAGAUUGUUGUAGGAGAUCCACUAGACCCCCAGACAACACAAGGGCCACAGAUUGACCGACAGCAGUUCAACAAGAUCAUGGAUCUGAUUGAGAGUGGGAAGAAGGAGGGAGCCAAGCUGGAGUAUGGCGGAGAAGCAGUGGGUGAGAAGAGCCUCUUCAUUCAACCCACCAUCUUCUCCGAGGUCAAAGACCAUAUGCGCAUCGCCAAGGAAGAGAUCUUUGGUCCAGUGCAGUGUAUAUUCAGCUUUAAGAGCCAGCAGGAGGCCAUAGAGAGAGCAAACAGCUCACAGUAUGGCCUGGUGUCAGCAGUCUUCACAAGAAGUAUGGACAGAGCUCUGUCUGUGUCUGCAGCCCUAGAGACCGGCACCGUCUGGAUAAACUGCUAUAAUGCCCUUCAUGCCCAGACACCCUUCGGAGGAUAUAAGAUGUCAGGAAAUGGACGAGAACUCGGAGAGUAUGCUCUGGCUGAGUACUCCGAGGUGAAAGCAGUGACCAUCAAACUGAGUGAAACCAUUUGAGGAGAACUUUGGAAAAUCCAGCGCUCUUCACUUCCCCUCACAUCAGGCCACAACACAAUUCUCCACAUCCCCCGCAUUCCUGUCUUUGUCUCAGUCAGGCUCAUGAUGUUGACAUUAAUGUCAGGCCUAUACAGUAACAUAGCCCUAAAAGAGUCAUUGUUUUAUCACCUUUUCUAUGAUUUACUGUAAUGUCGGUGUAUAAAACUGCUAAUGCUCUGUUUUACCAGUUCAUAUUUUCCAAUAAUUUAUUUGUAAGUUAAUAGCUCCCACAAAUAAGUGAUCAGUACAACAGUAAUUAUCAAGAAGAGUCAGUGUUCAACUGGUACACUGCCAACAACACUAUGUAACAGAAAUGUUGCUCCUGGAUAGUAUGUCUUAUUUCUUAAUCACUUAUGUUGUAAAAGUAUUAAAAAUGGCCAUUAUUCCCUCCUUUCUGAUCUGGAUAAUGAAAUUUAGAAAUUAGCCCAUUUUCUAUGUAAAAACAGGCAAAUUUGCACAUUUUCAUUUACAUAAGGUCUGAAUAAAACAACAUAUGAAUCAAGAUUUACAUGGAUUUAUACUAAAGUUAUAAAAAAUGUUUAGAAGUGAGUAGUUUUCUGAGAUUUACUGUACUAUCUCACCUUCUAGAGGUUUUUUUUUUUUUUUUUUUUUUUGCAGUAAAAUGAGGUGCCCAGGAUUUGUCUUGAUCCCCAACAGGCAUGCCAAAGUGUGCCUUGUCGUCUUCACACAUUUUAGUAUAUGCUGUUACAGUGCACUUUGUCGCUCUUAAUAAAUUGGCCAUGUACAGAGCAGAAUGCAUCUGGAGAAUGCUUGCAGCUCCUUGAUGCCAUCUCUGAUAGAUUCAGAUAAGUGUUCACUUAGGCAGCUAGAACUAUACUGAAGUGGAGAGUGGUGAGCCCUUGCAUAUACAUUACUAUGAAGACAACAACAUUCCAGAAUGUUCAUGAAUUCUCUAAGUUCUAGAGAAUUCUCUCUCAGCUAAUCAGCACUGAAUCUACCUGGACUUUUCUGAAAAAUUGGCAAAUUUGAAAAUUUGGUUACCCAGGCCACAGAAGCAAAGUCUGUAGGCAUAAGUAAAUGGGAAAUUACAGUUUCUGCCCAGGACAAGAGAAAGUAACAGUUUUGUUACAUAGUGUAAUUGAUUACCAGAAACUGCUGGCUGAACCCUCAAAGCACAGCAGGGCAGCUGAACAUGCACAAAUGUGAAAUUUGUCCAGAGUCGCGCACACUAUGCAACACACUGUAUAUGAAGCACAUCUUUCCAAUAAUAAAUGCAUAAUGAUUGAAUAUUUCCUUGGCUUUAAAUUGGGUAGUUCUUUCCGUCUAUAGUUAGCACCAAAUUACAGAGUUCUGUUUUGGAAAAUACAAAAACUGUGAGUUUGAGACUUGUUCUCUGGCCGUCCUCUGACUCCAGGUCAGUGAUCUUUGACCUCUCCCACUGGAUGCUAUAAGUGGGUUUGAUCUGGUGCUGGUCUAGAAAGCUGACGUAGUCUGUUUCUACUGAUCAUUCAGUCUUCUAACCAGAAUCCUUUCUUCUUCAGUGAUGUUGUGUUCUUGUAGUUCUGUCCUGUUCCUUGUACCUGUUAAUGUCCAAUCCAACUGAGUCAUUUGUGUUCUCACUUUCAGCUCCUCUGUCUAGAUAAGUUUGGGGUUGCAGCGCACAUGUGACAGCAGCCAUGGAAAAAUAUUUCCCACAUCCCAAAACUGUUGCACUGGUAUUACUUAUUAUUAUUUGGACAGUGCAUGAGAUUAUCUGUGCAAAUAUGAACACUUGCCAGACAUUUUGUCCUCAUGGUUGUUUUCUGUCAUGUCACCUGUGUGGGAAUCCCCCUCAACCCUACAAUGUUCCAACAUACUUAAGUAGUUAUAAUGAUGCAGUUUAAUGCCUGCUUAGUCCAGAAAUUAGAUACAUAAAUGCACUAAACAGUGUUUAAUCAACAAAAAUAGGAUUUUGUGCUUGAAUUUCAUUGAUCAGUUGUUUUUGUUCAUCAAAUCUCCCAAUGUGGGAAAAGAUACAGUAGCUGAUGUAUGUAGAUGAAAAAUCAACUUUUUGUUUCUAACUGAAAGCGCUGAUUCUGCUCCUGGUGUGAUCUGAUAUAAAUGUUCUCUCUGCUGAGGAGAAUGUGCCUUCCCUUUUUAAAUGUUGGAGACACCUCUGUUUCCUGUCCCAGUUUAAGGUAAUAUUUACCUUUCCAGGUCCAUUUAGUAGCAACAGCAAUAAUGUUAUCAUUACAUGGAUAGUGUCAACUUCAACUUUUUUAAAUUUAUAUAAAUAUAUAACCAGCGUAUAUAUUUGAGUGUUUGUUUAUUAUCACACAUGGAGAAGAAGAAUGUCUCUGCCAUUUCUCACAUAAGUUUUGUAAGCAAUUAGAAAUUCUGAAUAAAGAAAAUCAUAUAUA